UAAAAAAGAAAAAGAAAAUCCCGUCGGGAAGGAGGGAAGGAAGGAAGGAAGGAAGGAAGGGAGAGUAUCGGGUCGGGUCAGUCGUUUGCUCUGCUAUCCUCAGCUUCUUCCCCUUUUGAUUUGAUGUGAUUGAUUUUGGGUUUUGGCUUGAUUCGUUCCCAAGGAAAGCAUCCCAUCUCAGCUCAGAUUCGAAUCGGCGGAGCGGUGUUACUAGCAAUCGAUCGGGGCCCCAACCCAACGAUGGAGAAGCAGCCGGCGACAGUCACUGCCCUCACUCGAUUCAGCUUGCGCAGCCGCCGCCGCCGCUGCUGCUGAGAUAGCUUCUUCAAUCACCACCGGCGCUGCCUUUUUCUUGUCCAACAAAUCUUACCAGCUCGGACAUUCGUUGCGUUGCCGCUUUCGCUUCCAAUCCAAGCCUCCUGCUGCUGCUGCUGCCGCCUCCCCACCAUCAUCACCACCAACCACCUCCACUCCGCGCUUGUCCAAGCGCUCCCCCUGAAUAUGACCCCUUGCCUCCCUCGCUCUAUUGGAUCUCAGUCGCAGGUCCACUCCGCUUCUUUCUCUCCUCUCUCUGCCUCCGAUGGACCCCGCCACCUCUCGCCCUGCCGUCGUCAUCGACAACGGAACCGGGUACACUAAAAUGGGGUUCGCCGGGAACGUGGAGCCCUGCUUCAUCGUCCCUACGGUGGUCGCCGUGAACGAGUCGUUCCUUAACCAGUCUCGGGCCUCCUCCAAGAGCAGCAACUGGCUCGCCCAGCACAGCGCGGGAGUGAUGGCCGAUCUUGACUUUUUCAUCGGGGAUGAGGCGGUCUCGAGGUCGAGAUCCAGCAGCACCUAUAACCUCAGCUACCCAAUCAAGCAUGGUCAGGUCGAUAACUGGGACGCUAUGGAGCGAUUCUGGCAGCAGUGCAUCUUCAACUACCUCCGCUGCGAUCCCGAGGAUCACUACUUCCUGUUGACGGAGAGCCCCCUAACUCCUCCCGAGAGCCGUGAAUACACCGGAGAGAUCAUGUUCGAGACGUUCAAUGUCCCCGGGCUCUACAUUGCUGUCCAGCCUGUCCUCGCCCUUGCAGCCGGGUACACGACAUCCAAGUGUGAGAUGACAGGGGUGGUUGUUGAUGUUGGCGAUGGGGCUACUCAUGUUGUACCUGUUGCAGAUGGUUAUGUCAUUGGUAGCAGCAUUAAAUCUAUUCCUAUAGCUGGGAAAGAUGUUACUCUUUUUAUCCAGCAGCUCAUGCGGGAGAGAGGCGAGAAUGUACCACCGGAAGACUCCUUUGAAGUAGCCCGUAAAGUGAAGGAAACGUAUUGCUAUACUUGUUCUGACAUCGUCAAGGAAUUUAAUAAGCAUGACAAAGAACCAUCCAAAUAUAUCAAGCAAUGGAGAGGGACUAAGCCAAAGACAGGAGCACCAUAUUCUUGCGACAUAGGCUACGAACGAUUUCUUGGUCCUGAGGUUUUCUUUAAUCCAGAAAUUUACAGCACUGAUUUCACUACUCCUUUACCUGAUGUCAUCGACAAAUGUAUACAGUCUGCCCCUAUUGACACGAGGAGGGCGUUGUACAAGAAUAUAGUUUUGUCUGGAGGAUCAACUAUGUUCAAGGAUUUUAAUAGGAGGUUGCAACGAGAUCUGAAGAAGAUUGUGGAUGCUCGAGUCCUUGCUUCUGAAGCUCGACUUGGUGGGGAAAUAAAAGCACAGCCAGUAGAAGUGAAUGUUGUAAGCCAUCCUAUCCAGAGAUUUGCGGUUUGGUUUGGUGGCUCUGUACUCGCAUCUACACCUGAAUUUUUCGAGGCUUGUCAUACAAAAGCGGAGUACGAGGAGUAUGGAGCUAGUAUUUGUCGUACAAAUCCAGUUUUCAAGGGAAUGUAUUGAAUCAAGAACAAAAAUCCCAAUCAUCUGCGAGCAUAAUUGGUGAGAAGUAUCUCGAAAUUGCCUGGAGGGUUUCCACCCUCCAUCUGGUUCCUCGAUUUUACUUCCAGUGGGCCCUUAUUCACUUGGCACUGACAUGAAUCCGCGAAGUUGCUUCUCAAGGUGGUGUAAAAUAUGGAAAAUUUUGUUCCUGCAUUUGUAAGAAAUGGUUUCUUGUGUUCAUUCUUUACUAGGGAGCUAGUUUUCUUUUUCCUUGGCAGAGAUCUUAGGAUGCUGCAACUGUAGCUAGAAGGGGUCUGCCACGGAGACUUUGGGGUCGGAUUUAUAGUCCUCGUUCAGGUACAUUUUCAUGGAUGCUGAAUUGCAAUUUUUGUGUUCAGCAUUAGGCAUGAUAAUGAUUGGAGUUCUUCCACCAUUUUGUUACUUGUCAAUAUACACUUCCAAGCGGAGCAUAAGAUUCUUUCUGAUCCAGUUGGAUGAUUUGUUUAUGGAAAACGAUUUCGAUGUAAACUCUGCCCAAUGCUUUAUAAAUUUUACCACGUCUGAGUUAAAU